CUCUGGUCGAGUCGCCGGGCGUCUGGGGGGGGGACGUCGCCGGCCAUGCCCUCCGACCCGGCGCCGGAGAGCGCCGUGCUGCUCGCCGAGCAGUCGGAGGGGCCGGCCAGGGAGCCCUGGAGGCGGCAGCGCGUGUGGGCCGGCGCGGGCGCGGGCGGCCUCGCCGUGACGGUCGCUGCCACCGCCGCCGUCCUGGUCUUCGGCGUUGGCGCCCCUGCGCCAGCGCGCCGCGCGAAGGGUUUCAUGGCGCGGGAAAGGGACCUCAUGUCCCCGCCGCCGGCGUCCGCGUUGGUGGCCGGGCUGCCCUGGGCGGGGGUGGCUACCACGUCUACGACCACGACCGCGACCGCGACCGCGACCACGACGUCCGUGACGACCACCACCACGACCACCCGGGAGGCGCCCGGCAUCGGGGUCCUCCCGCUCUCUCUAUUCAUCCUGCUCUUCCUCCGCUCGUAGUCCUCGUGAUCCGCCUCCUCGGCUCCUGUCUUCGCCUCCCUCCUCCUCUUGGCAGGUCUUAGCAGCAUUUCUUUUCCCUCCCCCUUUUUCCUGGUUGCCAUUGC